CAGGACGUCUGGAAUAUCUAUCUAUCCUCAAGCUGGAUCGCGUAAAGUUUUAGAGUCUUGAUGAACAGCUCUUGGGUCGACCUCAAUAACCUAAUAUGAGCUACACUUCGCUCUUGACUCCGGUAGCAUCUUCUUCAAAAGGUGUGAUCCGAGGCAUCAUGCCCCCGAAUUCCUCGUCCGCUUCAUUCAUCAGACUGCCAUGUCGACAUCGAACGCUCUGCACAGAACGUGUGCUUCUUCGUUCCCCACCGGUCACAUCAGCAUUCUACUACCGCUCAUCAUCUUCAACUCCUAGUCGACGUCCAAAGCUUCCAGAAAUCACUUCGGAGGGGUCGUCGAGAAUCACACCCGUGUCUCCUCGUCCUGAGGUACGUCCCCCUGAUGCUACUCCUGCCGAAGGAACCCAAACACCUCCCCUGACCGCUCGACCUUCCCUCAUGGAGAGAUUGAAGAAUCCAUCUCCUGCACGACUCCGAUUUCUCAAGAUACUAGGCUGGUCCAUGCUGUUUUCAGCUGCAGUGCACGUCGGUCUGGUCAUUUAUGUUAUGAAAAAUGAUUCUGGCGAACUCUCACCUGAUGAACAUAUGCCAAGAGUCGUAUCGAAGAUCACCCGGUUGAGCCCUCGACACAGGUAUAUCGAGAUACCGGUCGACCCAGAGUCCUGCAAGCAAUUUGGAGAUCAAGCGAUGGGGAUGGAUGGUGAAAAGCUAAAGAGUGAAAAGGGUGCGGUGGCCGUUCAACAUGUAACGAUCAAGAGCCCCGCGAUUCAAGUCGAGAGGAGUUAUACGCCCAUAAAUGAUGUUCAGGAGGAUGGUCUGUUAAAAAUGGUGGUGAAGCGCGUGAAGGGAGGUGAAGUCGGAAGGAUCGUAUUUUCAGCCAAAGAAGGGGAAAGGAUCUGGGUCCGUGGUCCGAUCACGACGUUCGCCAUCAAUCCGUAUCAAUUCGAUCGUAUAGUCAUGAUCUCAACUGGUACAGGCGUAGCGCCAUUUCUCCAAUUCCUCUCCAAGUUUAAUCCGUCCUCGUCCCCAUUUCCUUCAAAUGAUCUCGAAAGGGACGACUUAAAUCCAUUGAACACUUCAUCCUCGCCCUCCCAACCAUUACCAAAGCUCCUCCUGUUGCACGCUAUGCCAUCGGAGGAUCACGCGGAAGCCGAUUGGCCAGUUUCUACAGGAUGCAUACCCCGCCUCGAAUCUAAAUUCGGCCCACUGCUCGACGUUCGUCGAUUCCCUUCAGGAGACGUGCCGUCUUCCAGCAUAUCCUCAGCUUUAGGAAUGGGCGACGGUCCUGAUCAUCACUCAACUUGGCUUCCUUGGAAGGGCAGCGCCAAAUCUGAGCCCUUGAAAAGGGAUGAACGAGUCAUGGUAUUGGUCUCUCUUCCACCUGCCAUGAUGGAUCCGGUCUGCGGCCGAAUGACGUCCGAAUUUCAACAAGGCGAAUUGACGGGGAUCUUGAAGGAGCUCGGAUUGAAGCCUCAUCAAGUGUGGAAGCUGGAGUGAGAGGGGUAGGAUGUCAAUGGCGUCACUGUGACAACAAGCACGA